AUGGCUGUCGACGCUCAAGAAAAGCCUCAUGGCUACUAUCUAUACAAGCCUAGCCAUAUCCUACCAGCCGUCUUUGCGGCGCUUGUGGCUGUUUCUUUGAUCCUGCACACUUUGCAAAAUAUUCGCUAUAGAUUCUGGCGCAUUACCUUCUUUAUCAGCUGGGGAGGUAUCAUCUUUACCACUGGAUGGAUCCUUCGAUGUAUCUCCAGUUACUAUCCUGACCACUUGGGACUCUAUGUCGCCCAAGCUGUCUUUAUCUACCUAGCCCCUCCCGUCUACUCGGCUGCCGCAUACAACAUUGUCGGCCGUCUGAUGAACUAUCUCCCCAUGCAUGCAGUCCUGAAUCCCGAUCGCGUGCUGAUCUUCUUCGUCUAUCUCGGUGCUGCAGUCGAGGGCAUGACUGCUGCCGGAGCUGCCAAGAACGCAGCGGCAGGAAAGGAGCUAGACGAAUACAAGAAGGGCGGCCAGCUUAUCGCUGCCGGCCUCAUUCUGCAAGCUGUUGUGGAAAUGCUUGUCAUCGCGAUCGUGGCGACAGUUCAUCGCCGCGCAGCAAAGGCCGGCAAAGUCACUCAUAACGUGCAACUGGUCUGUUUCACCCUAUACGGAACCUCGACCUUUGUGGUUCUGCGCUGUGUCUUCCGCGCUGUCGAGUCCUUUGAAAUGUUUGACAAGCUUGGUUGUACCGAGAACUGCGGAGCGAUCCUCAGCAAUGAAUGGUAUCUGUAUGCAUUCGAACUAGGUCCAAUGUUGAUAUUUACCUACUGGCUGAACCUAUUGCACCCUGGACGCUAUCUACCCAGACAAAAGCAUCGCUAUCUCGGUACUGAUGGUCGGACUGAACGCGUUGGACCUGGCUGGAGAGAUCGCCGUAGUCGAUGGGAGACUUUUGUCGACCCCCUUGACGUGAAGGGCAUGUUCAAGGGCCAAGCCUCGCAUGAAAAGUUCUGGGAAAAUCCCGAGCAGUGGCCUGCCUGUACAGACGGUAGUUUUGCGGAGGGAACGGCCUCAAAUGUCAAGAAUCAGGGCUAUUCGAAGGAAAAUGUCUUACUUGCCAAUCAAGUUUAG